AUGGAUAUAGAAAGUCGGGAUUUUCUCAACACUCCUCCUUUAAAGACGGUCAGGUUUGGCGGCAGUGUGGUGGAAACAUUAGCCAAGUAUAAACAGGGAGACUUGAGUGAUUAUGAGCUGUUGAAGCAUCAGCUGGCUGACCCUGAGAUAAAGGAUACACAGAUUAUUACAUGGAUCCAAGAGUUGCGGAAUUGUGUCACUCAGCUCACCAAAGACCAUGAACAGCUCAUCUAUACGAUCUUGAAGCUUCCAUGGUUGGGUCGGAGCCAGGCAGUGGUGGAUGAGUACAUGGCUUUCCUUAGCAACCUUGUGUCGGCGCAGACUGUCUUCCUCUGUGCAUGUCUCAAAAUGGUUGUCUCCCACUUUCUACCAACAAAAGUAACCGUCUGUGAAGAAGGAGUUGAUUUGUCUGAUACAGAUGAUGAAGACGAAAAUCUUCCCAGAAAAUUCAACCUGUGUCAUCAGGCCUUGCAGCUCAUCACCAGAUAUGUCCCAUCCACAAGUCAUUUUCUGGUGCCCAUUUUGCAAGACAGCUUUCCUUUUGUUCAACAGUCCUCCAGAAUCCUGGAGUGUUACGUCCACAACCUCCUGAGAGUAACUGUAUACAUACCAACUAUUCGAAGAGACGUGCUGGAAAUCAUCAUCGGACAGAUGCUAAAACUGGAUGUGAGUGCAUCUCGCGCAGACAUUGAAGAGGCCGAAGAGAAUGCAUUACAAAGCCAGCGGGCAGAUAGCUCUACUGAAGAGGCCCUCUUUGACAUGGAUGAGGACCUGAUGACAAAUCCAGACAGACCCUCCUGUUUGGGAGUCACAGCCCAUCCCGUGGCUGAGAGGCUUGAUUCACUCAUGACCGUGUUGUUGGCGUACAUCAAAGAUGUCUGCCAUGUCAACGGUACACUUCACACAGAAAGGACAAAGGAACUGUAUCGGGACAUGCUGAAUGUGUUUGACAAGCUCAUCUUGCCUACACAUGCGUUGUGCCAUGUCCAGUAUAUUGUUUUUUACCUGUGCAGCUUCAGACUGGCCCUAGUUGAAGCUUUCCUGGAGCACUUGUGGAAGAUUCUGCAGAGUCCGUCGCAGCCUGCUGUUCUCCGUCAAGCAGCUGCUGGGUACAUGGGAAGCUUUCUCGCCAGAGCGAAGUUUAUCCCUGUGCUCACAGUACGAGCGUGUCUCGACUUGCUCACCUCGUGGAUCCAGCGUUAUAUUGACAGCCAGGACUGCAAAGACCGGCAGGCCUACUGUGAUGUCAGCCUGCAUGGACCAUUCUACGCCGCCUGUCAGGCUGUCUUUUACGUUUUGAUCUUCAGACAUGGGGCCAUUCUGGCUGGCAACAUGAAGAAAGGCUUGGAGUACCUCCAGCGUUUAAACCUGGAGAGAGUGGUCAUGUGUCAGCUGAACCCGCUAAAAGUGUGUCUCCCCGCCGUUGCAAACAUGUUUGCCGCCAUCACCAGGAAAUAUCAGAUAGUGUUCUGCUACACCAUCAUAGAGAGGAACAACCGUCACAAUCUACUUGUGGUGCGCAGCUCUGCGGGAGGCGACUGUGUCAGCACCAACACCAACCCACUGGAUUGCUUCUUUCCUUAUGACCCCUACAUGUUGAAAAGGUCUGGUCCGCUCAUAGAGCCCCUCUAUCAGGUGUGGGAGGAGCCAGCAGACUCGGAGGUGGUCUCCACUAAAACUCUCCCACAGGGCUCGAAAGAAGAUGAUUAUGAUUUCCUUUGCGGGGAGACCACCCAAGUUGACGGAAUCGUCGGAAUGACACCCAGCUCUUUUGACUCGAACCCCAGUGUCGGCUCACCCCCCGUCACCUUCCAGAGACAUUGUUAG